CAUGGACAGCGACCCUGCCAGCUCGCCAUAGACCGCUGACGGCGACAGCAGGCGAUGAGGGGCAGGGCAUGUUCAUUUUGUAAUGAUUAUAAUAGGCUACAGCAUAAUCUACGAUCAUGUUACUGCGGCACUGACAGCUAAACUGUAGCAGACAGGAUGCGGGCUUUCCAAUAGACAUACACCUCAUUUUCCAUUUUUCAGCUACCGAAAAGAUCCCCUUAUUUUGGAAAUCACCGAUCAACAUGCCUCCGUCGCUGGUCUCUGGCUUUUCCUAGGGUGGAGUGGCUCUAAAUGAUAACAGAUGCAAUGCACGUCUGACAAAUAGCUCGUCUUGGGGGACUCUGCAGAGAGCAAGGUAGUGAAAUCGGUUCCUCUUCCUACCCCACGCCCUGUCAUUAUUAUCAAUAGCUGCCCAGCACCAUGUCCCCUCCGGCAUCGGCUGCGACAGCGAGUGAAAGCAGUACAACCACCGUUUUCGAGGAGGACACCAGAGAGGAGCAAAGACCCCUGAAGCAAUCUCUGAGCAAGUCUCUAUGCCGGGAGAGUUUUUGGAAAUGUCUGCUCUUGUCCAUUCUCAUGUACGGCUGCAUGGGAGCCAUGGUUUGGUGUCAUGUCACCAAGGUGACUCGCCUCACCUUUGACAGUGCCUUCAAAGGGAAAUCCAUGAUGUACCAUGACAGCCCCUGCUCUGAUGGCUAUAUCUACAUCCCUCUGGCCCUACUGGGCAUGCUCUAUUUGGUCUAUCUUGUGGAGUGCUGGCACUGUCAUGUGAAGAAUGAGCUGCAGCACAAAGUGGAUGUGGAGGGCAUCUAUGAGCGCAUCCAAAGGAUGCAGCAAGCGAAACCCUGCAUCUGGUGGAAGGCCAUCAGCUAUCACUAUGUUCGCCGAACACGUCAAGUCACACGCUACCGCAAUGGAGAUGCUUACACUAGUACCCAGGUCUACCAUGAACGUGUCAACACCCAUGUGGCAGAAGCUGAAUUUGACUACAGUCACUGUGGUGUGAAAGAUGUUUCAAAACAGCUGCUGGGCUUGGAGAAGUCUGCUCUUACGAAGAUGCGGUUCACUAAGUGCUUUAGUUUCGCAAAUGUUGAGUCAGAGAAUUCCUACCUUACGCAACGAGCAAGGUUUUUCACUGACAAUGAAGGCCUUGAUGACUACAUGGAAGCCAGGGAGGGCAUGCACCUGAAAAACAUUGAUCUGAAGGAGUAUGUCAUGGUGCUGUCUGACCCAGAGCACCACCCCUGGUAUCUGUCCCAUUAUGUCUUCUGGUUUGCCUCAUUCCUCACUUUCUCCUGGCCUCUCAGAGUCUUCACAGAGUAUCAUACUGAAUAUGUCCACUACCGUGUUGAGAAGCUCUUUGGGCAUGAUUACCUCCCUGUGACCCCAUGUGAUGAUCGUCCAUAUUGGCGUCGUAUCCCGCGUGUUAACACCAUUGACAGUACAGAAUUGGAAUGGCACAUUCGGUCCAACCAGCAGCUGGUGCCCAGUUACUCGGAGGCCGGCCUGAUGGACCUGGCUCAGUGCCCGACUAGCUUCAGUGGGAUACGUCAGAAUUGUGAGCGCUGCCACAGAGCCAUCAGCUGCUCCUCAGUGUUUUCCAGGAGCGCCCUUAGCAUCUGUACUGGUGCCAGCUCCCGCAUUCCCUUCAGCGCCAGUCGGUUCUCCCUGACGCGACGCUACGGCUCCCAGCGCAGCUGCUUCUGGAGGAGCGGCAGCUUGGAUGACCAGGAGAGUCCCAGCGAAAACACCCGCUGUCUGUCAGAGCGCCUCACCACAGAUGAUGAGGGACCCCCACAGUAUGAAGACGCACUUUGCUACCCAGUGCUCAUUGUCCACUGCAGUGAAAAUUGCCACAACCACAGAUCUUUCCACAGAAAUGGCUCCUGUGUGGAGACUUCCUUAUGACUAUGCAGUCACUGACAAAACACGGUGGCAUUUCUGUAGCAUACAAAACAAUUCAGAAUCAGAGUGGGCAAACAAGUCUUAAUGUGAGAUAUUCAUGCUGUAUUGUCAUACAAUCUAAAACAAAUGUCUGAAUCCUGAAUGUGUGAAUCACCAAAGCAAUAACAGUGAUUAGCGAGUGGAGAACAAAGUGACAGUGGUAUAGUACGUGAACCUACUGGUACACACACAGGAAAAUUAUAUCUGCCUGGCUUCCAAUGAAAACCAAGCAGACAACGACUGUUAGACUGUACAUCAUUGCCAUAGCUUUUAAGAUCUCAUAUGUAUCAUACAUGUGAAACUAAAACUGAAGCUGCAGUUACCUCAUCUGAUCUUUUCAGAGGCCACGGACAAGAUGGGCUGGUUAAAAAAAUCUCCUUCAUUCAGUGAAAUCUGAGUCAGAAAAACACAUCAGAGCUGACCAGUCAGAUAAAGUUGGAGCUGAUUUUGAUGAUGUUAUCAUCAUCAAGAAUGGUAAGGAGGAGUUUCUACAAACUGAACUUACUUCUAAUUACAGCAAUAACUGUGAAAAUGAAUACCAUCUCACAAGUGAAAACAUAAAAGAAGGAAUAACAAAUCAAAUACGUUGCAUUUAUGCAUUUUACAAAGAUACAUUGGCCAUUAAAGAAACCUCCAAUCCAAAAGAGAAAAAAAAAAAAAAAGAACUCUUGGAUACUCACAACUGUUAUACAAAUCUGUGACGUUUUUCAUUAAUUAUGUGAAGUGUUGUAAUUCUACUUUUUUUUUGUGUACCUACUUUUUUAAAUUAUCAACAUACCUAAUCUAUUUCUACUUUAGUUAGUGACUUUCUGCAUUGCCCAGAAUGCCUUUGGACUUUCUUCUAUGAGCGCAUACAAAUACAUGCUGUGGGUUUUAUGUGUUGCUGGAAGGUGACAAAGAUAGUAAAAACAGAGUGACAGCUGUUUUAAUUGAGCAAAAAGACUUGUGUCCCUUACUCAGAACAAACCUUUCUUGUGGCUAUUUCACAUUCUGGUCUAUUGGGGCCACUAUGAGAUGGCGCAUUUUGUAUUAACAGAUAUGCUUCUACUACAGUGGAUCUCUCCCUGUUUGACUGUUGACUGUUGGUGCUAUAUUGCAAAUCCAGAGAGAAACAUUUCUUUUCUUUGGAUAUCGAUGGACUAACACCUAAACAUUUUCUUCACAGUUGAUGAUACUUUUUUCCUAUAAACCACCACUGUAGCUGUUGGAAUUCUCUUAGUGUGAUGACACAUUGUCACUGUUUGGGUAUCUGCAAGGAAAUAAGAAACAACACAGCAGAAUUAGUAAAGCUUUUAACAUUAUUAAAGUCUAUUAGGUUGGAUUUUUGCUUUAACAUUUGACACAUGAUUGCCUGACCUGGAAACUAAAACACUGUUAGAGCACAAACAAGGUCUAGGGCUCCACCAGAACAAACUAAAAUACAUUAUGAAAAAUCACCCAUGAUAAUUUAAGCAAGGCUUUAUCUUUGUUCCUACUGCCAGGACUAAACCUGCUGGCAACUGUGGUACAAUCACAUAUACAUGUCAUUACAUUAUUCCUGUGGUCAGAAAAGAAAAGGACAGGUUUACAUUGAAUCUACAAUACAUUUGAACAGGCGGAUGUCACAUUAGUCACUACCAUUAUCAACUGCCAUACAACAAACCAUGGUGUGGAUUUCGCUGCAAAAAAGACCCACAAGGUCAUUAAAUCAGUGCUUAAUGUGCAUGAUUUCCUUAUACUAAGACGAUGCGUUAAAACCUAUAAAACAUACCUGAAUGUAAACCACCAGCAUAUAUGAUAAACUGUAGGAUAUGUCCAUUAUGUGUCUAUGUUAAAGAUAUAAUGCUCCAUUUUCCAUUUGUAAAAUGGUGAUUUCACUAUCCAGUGUACAGUACUGAAUGUGCUCAGAGAGUGAGAGCACAGCACACGCCAACAUGUCACCAUGUUUCCAAGAGAGACUUUGUUGUGUCUUGUUGUUGGAUUUAUCUGGGGGAUCCCUGACUCUUUUGAGCAGAGUUUACAGGCAGUAUAUGCAAGGAUGUAAAUGUCCUCAUGUUUACACAUGGACAUCAUACAAACUUUAUAAUACUGACUUUUUUUACAACAUCUAACAAGAGAAUAUUGUACGUGUCCUACAAAUAAAAUCUUGUUUUUAUAUCGUUUCCUAUAAUGUAGUGACACUAGUAUUAUGCGCUUGAAGUGACACUAGACAUUAUGAAUUGUAGUGAAGCUGAAUGUUGAUGUAAAUUCCCUUAAAGUAAUAAAGUAUUCAUGAUGAUAUAUUGACAAAUACAUAACUGCUCAGACAUAAACCAAUAUACAACCACUUAAAGCUUCUUGUAAAAUGUUUUAAAUACUCUUGUUGUCAUUAUAAUCAAAUGGGCUGUAUAAAUAACUUGAUUACGUUUUAAAUCAUGUAUUCAAAUUUAUCUUAUGCUGGAACAAUAGAAGUUGCAAUAAAUGCCUGGGGAAGCCCA